UUUAAAUGGGUAAGCUACGGAAAGCCUCUCAUCCGGAUGUUCCUGUAGUAUCAUCUUUAGAGAGUGCAGAUUCUGGGGGUGAACCUUUCGUGCCUAAUGAUUUUGCAGAAGAUGGUUCCUGUUGCAGAUUCAUGUUGUAGAACAGGUUUGUGUUCCAGGGAUUGGAUUCUCCUCCCCCAUCUUCGCUUGCUGGCAUUUCCUGAUGCAAUUCUGCCUCCAGUGUCUGCAAAGAAACUCCUUCAGUUUUUGUUCUUGCAAGAGGUGAAGAGAGAUGAUGGAUGAGGGAGUUGGUGUCCGACUGUUUUUGCUGACCUGUAGAUGAUCGUGUUGUUGAUCUCCCUGCUGCUUCUCCUCAGGUACAUUUCCCUCUCCGAAUUUUGUGUUUGCUCUUCCUUCUCCUCCUCCCCGAUCUGCCAUGGCUGCCUCUCCCAUGGGCGGCUCCCAGAUUUGUUCUAGCCCUGUUUUGUGGAGGGGCUUGGUCUUUGCAUGCGUUGCAAACUUGCUAGCAUGUGCUAUGUGGUCCCCUGAUCGGGAGGGGGGUUUGUUUGUCCAGGACGAACCGCGUGAGAUGUUUACCCGACCCGUUUAGGUGUUCUUUUCUGUUUUUUGAUGAUUUUGCUGCUAAUACAGAUGUAUUGUGUUGAUUGGUCGGGAAAUUUGACUGUUUUCGAAUUAAAAAACAGUCAAAUGUCAAAUAGACAGUCCCAAUAAAGUACUUACCGAGUCUUCAAAAUUCUUGUAUUACUCUUCUUCCUCAUCAAAAUAAAGCGAGCGAUAAACUAGCUAGUCUUGCUAGAGUCGAGGGUCGGACAAUUACGUGGGUCGGUUCAGGCCCGGAGGAGAUUUUGUCGAUUGUCCGAGAUGAUUGUAAGAACUUGAUCUUUGAGUAAUACAAGUAUUAUUCCCGCAAAAAAAAAGGUUAGAUCUUCCUACAAUAGAGUUCUUUUACCAUUUCCCACUAUUUUCCUACUGUACUACAUUUGAAGAACACCGUAGCCGCGCAGUUGGCCCAUGGCGGCACGGCUCUCCCUCCUCCUCAACCCGAACCGAGCAGAUGGAUAAGAACAUGAACAGAAACGGCCAACGCGCGACGGGUAAAACCAUCUCCCCGGUGUGCCAAAGAAACAAGCCACGCCUACCCGAUGCCAUGCGCGCUGAUGCGCAAGGCUACAGCCAAACAACGGCGCAGCAUGCCUUAUCGUAACAACCACGUUUCUGUUCGAAGCUCUUCGUCAUUCAUCUUCAUCAUCCAUGCACAUGCGACGCUUGAUGUAGCCACUUCGAAUACACAAGUUGCACACAUAUGACGCCAUCGAAUACAAUUUCAAAUCCUAAACUGAUCUCGGCGCCCCCCUGCCGCGCGUAUAUAUCUGCUCCACUCGCCGAGCUCGAGCUGCACACUCCUAUCAUCCCCGCUUACACACGCGGUGCUCUGCUCACACAAGCACAAUGCCCAGUUUGCACAACAGCACCCCGGCGAUGGCGCAGUGCUACGACACGCCGGAGGGCGUGGACAUCCGCGGCCGUUACGACCCGGAGUUCGCGGCCAUCCUGACCCGCGACGCGCUGGCCUUCGUGGCCGGCCUGCAGCGCGAGUUCCGCGGCGCCGUCAGGUACGCCAUGGAGCGCCGGCGGGAGGCCCAGCGGCGCUACGACGCCGGCGAGCUGCCACGGUUCGACCCCUCCACGAGGUUCGUCCGGGAGGGAGAAUGGGCGUGCGCGCCCGUGCCCCCGGCCAUCGCGGACCGGACCGUGGAGAUCACCGGCCCCGCCGACCCGAGGAAGAUGGUCAUCAACGCGCUCAACUCCGGCGCCAAGGUCUUCAUGGCUGACUUCGAGGACGCGCUGGCGCCGACGUGGGAGAACCUGAUGCGCGGGCAGGUGAACCUGCGGGACGCCGUGGCCGGCACCAUAAGCUUCCGCGACGCGGCGCGCGGCGGCCGGGUGUACAAGCUCGACGAGCGCACCGCGAAGCUGUUCGUCAGGCCGCGCGGCUGGCACCUGCCGGAGGCGCACGUGCUCAUCGACGGCGAGCCGGCCAUCGGCUGCCUCGUGGACUUCGGGCUCUACUUCUUCCACAGCCACGCCGCCUUCCGCGCCGGCCAGGGCGCCGGGUUCGGCCCCUUCUUCUACCUCCCCAAGAUGGAGCACUCCAGGGAGGCGAGGAUAUGGAACGGCGUGUUCGAGAGGGCGGAGAUGGUGGCCGGGAUCGAGCGUGGGAGCAUCCGGGCGACGGUGCUGGUGGAGACGCUGCCGGCGGUGUUCCAGAUGGACGAGAUCCUGCACGAGCUGCGCGACCACUCGGCGGGGCUCAACUGCGGGCGGUGGGACUACAUCUUCAGCUACGUCAAGACGUUCCGCGCCCACCCGGACCGCCUCCUCCCCGACCGCGCCCUCGUCGGCAUGGCACAGCACUUCAUGCGCUCCUACUCCCACCUCCUCAUCCGCACCUGCCACCGCCGCCGCGUCCACGCCAUGGGCGGCAUGGCGGCUCAGAUUCCGAUCAAGGACGACGCGGCGGCGAACGAGGCGGCGCUGGAGCUGGUGCGCGGGGACAAGCUGAGGGAGGUGCGGGCGGGGCACGACGGCACGUGGGCGGCGCACCCGGGGCUCAUCCCGGCGAUCCGGGAGGUCUUCGAGGGCCACCUCGGCGGGAAGCCUAACCAGAUCGACGCGGCGGCGCCCGUCGACGCCAUCACGGAGGAGGACCUGAUCCAGCCGCCGCGGGGGGCGCGCACGGUGGAGGGGCUGCGGCUCAACACCCGGGUCGGUGUGCAGUACCUCGCGGCGUGGCUGGGCGGGUCCGGCUCCGUGCCGCUGUACAACCUGAUGGAGGACGCGGCCACCGCGGAGAUCAGCCGCGUGCAGAACUGGCAGUGGCUCCACCACGGCGCGGUGCUGGACGCCGGUGGCGUGGCGGUCCGAGCCACGCCGGAGCUGCUCGCGCACGUCGUGGAGGAGGAGAUGGCGAGGGUCCAGGAGGAGGUCGGCGCCGACAGGUUCCGGCGGGGGCGCUACAAGGAGGCUGGCAGGAUAUUCAUCCGGCAGUGCGUCGCGCCGGAGCUGGACGACUUCCUCACGCUGGACGCCUACGGCCUCAUCGUUGUGCACCAUCCCAGAGGGGCGGCAUCCAAGCUCUGACUGGGAAUCUAGAUUAAGAACGCUGCCACAUGCAUACACAAAUACAUAGUACCUAUAUUGGCUGUGUUGCUUAAACAGAAUAAUCAUCUGGGAGAGAAAGAGCAGAACUAUACUAUGAAAAGUUGCGUUAGAUUUUCUGUGUCA